CCCUUCCUACUCGCGGGGCGUUCUCCUGCCGGACGGGCUGGGCGUCGAGGCUCCGUGGGACGAGCGGGCUCCCCGGUUCCGCCAGCUCCUCGCCGCACCGCGGCGCCCCGGGCGAGGGCGGCGUCCCGCGUUCUCCCCAGCCGGAGAAGGGGGAGUUUCCAGGAAGUGGCCAUAUUGGAUUCAUUCAGUUGCCUCAGCCCAGGGCGGAGGAGAGGAGCAGGUUCCCGGCGAGACGGCUUACUAGAUCCCCAGGAGGAGGAACCCCUUCGCCCUUCGGCCCCUGGAUCUCCCUGCCAUGGCUGCGACGGAUCUGGAGCGCUUCUCUAAUGAAGAGAAACGGAAUCUCGCUCUGGGAGGCCAUGUUGGGUUUGACAGUCUUCCUGAUCAGCUCGUCAGCAAAUCUGUAGCGCAAGGCUUCAGCUUCAACAUCCUCUGUGUGGGUGAAACUGGCAUUGGGAAGUCAACAUUGAUGAACACUCUCUUCAAUACUACAUUUGAGACUGAAGAAGCCAGUCACUAUGAGCAUGCUGUUCGCUUGCGGCCACGGACUUACGACUUGCAGGAAAGCAACGUCCACCUGAAAUUAACCAUUGUAGAUGCUGUGGGGUUUGGGGAUCAGAUAAAUAAAGAUGAAAGUUACAGGCCGAUAGUAGAUUACAUUGACACGCAGUUUGAAAACUACUUACAAGAAGAGCUCAAAAUCCGGCGUUCCCUCUUUAAUUAUCAUGAUACAAGAAUCCAUGUCUGCCUUUAUUUCAUCACUCCAACUGGUCACUCGCUGAAGUCCUUGGAUCUGGUAACCAUGAAAAAGCUGGAUAGUAAGGUGAACAUUAUCCCUAUAAUUGCCAAAGCUGACACCAUUUCCAAGAGUGAGUUGCACAAGUUUAAGAUUAAGAUCAUGAGUGAACUGGUUAGUAAUGGAGUCCAGAUCUAUCAGUUCCCCACGGAUGAUGAUGCUGUGGCUGAGAUUAACUCUGUGAUGAAUGCUCAUCUGCCGUUUGCUGUUGUAGGAAGCACAGAAGAGGUAAAGGUUGGAAAUAAAAUGGUGAGGGCUCGACAAUAUCCUUGGGGUGUGGUACAAGUUGAGAAUGAAAGCCACUGUGACUUUGUGAAGCUGCGAGAGAUGCUGAUUCGUGUCAACAUGGAAGAUCUGCGGGAGCAAACUCAUACUCGCCACUACGAGCUUUACAGGCGGUGUAAGCUAGAAGAAAUGGGCUUCAAAGAUACUGAUCCUGACAGCCAGCCAUUCAGCCUUCAAGAAACCUAUGAGACCAAGAGAAAAGAAUUCCUCUGUGAGUUGCAGAAGAAAGAGGAAGAAAUGAGGCAAAUGUUUGUGAACAAGGUCAAGGAAACAGAGUUGGAACUGAAAGAAAAGGAGAGAGAACUGCAUGAGAAGUUUGAACAUCUAAAAAGAAUGCAUCAGGAAGAGAAGAGGAAAGUGGAGGAGAAGAGAAGAGAGCUGGAGGAGGAGAUGAACGCCUUCAACAGGAGGAAAGUGGCAGUUGAAACCCUGCAGUGUCAGUCUCUGCAAGCCACUUCACAGCAGCCACUGAAGAAGGACAAAGACAAGAAAAACUUCUUUAGUCUUCCCAGUUCGCGCUCCAUAACAUCAGGAAGAUAUGUAAAUUAGAAGAUUUAUUAAGGCCAAAACACCUCAUGCAGAAGAAAUUUAAUUGGUGCUUCUACUUUUUUUAUGCUUGCAAUGUAUUGCACAGAAGAGAUUCCAAAGUGAGAAGUGAUUUGGACAACA